CACAGCAAGCACAUAAAAAAGUUUCGGAGAAUUGAGCAGAAAGCUCACUCGUUAGUCGUUUACUCCCAAGACCAGGAAUCCAUGGAGCCGGCCUAUGUCGCCAUCCUCUCCUUCGUCUUCCUCUUCUUGCUCCACCGCCUCUUCGGCCGCCAUCGCCGCCGGAUCAAUGGCAAGAACAACAGAGCGCAGCUGCCACCGAGCCCUCCCGCCAUCCCGGUCUUGGGUCACCUCCACCUCCUAGGGAAGAAGCCGAUCCACGCGGCGCUCGCUCGCCUCGCGGAGCGCUACGGGCCGGUGUUCUCCCUCCGGCUCGGCUCGCGGGAAGCCGUGGUGGUGUCCUCCGCGGCAUGCGCCACGGAGUGCUUCACCGAGAACGACGUUUGCUUCGCGAACCGGCCGCGGUUCCCCACGCUCCUGCUUGUUUCCUUCGGCGGCGCCACUCUCCCGAUGUGCCGCUACGGCCCGUACUGGCGCAGCAUCCGCCGCGUCGCCACGGUGCACCUCCUGUCCGCGCACCGCGUGAGCUGCAUGCUCCCCGUCAUAUCCGCCGAGGUGCGCGCGAUGGCGCGGAGGAUGUAUCGCUCCGCCGCCGGCGGCGGCGCCGCGAGGGUCGAGCUCAAGCGGAGGCUGUUCGAGCUCUCCCUCAGCGCCCUGAUGGAAACCAUCGCGCGAACCAAGAUGUCCCGUGCCGUUGCGGACGACGACACGGACAUGUCUCCGGAGGCCCAGGAAUUCAUGAAGGCGCUGGACGUGUUGCUUCGUCUUCUCAGUGCGGCCAAUUCGUGGGACUACCUGCCGGUGCUACGGUGGCUCGACAUGUUCGGGGUGAGGAACAAGAUCCUGGCCGCGGUGAGCGCAAGGGACGCGUUCCUACGGCGGCUCAUCGACGCGGAGCGCCGGAGGCUGGAGGAGGGGGAGGGCGGCGAGAACGACGAGAAGAAGAGCAUGAUUGGGGUCCUCCUCUCAUUGCAGAAGUCAGAGCCGGAGGUGUACACGGAUACCACGAUCAUGGCUCUGUGCUCGAGCAUGUUCGCUGGGGGUUCCGAAACAACGGCGACGACGGCGGAAUGGGCGAUGUCACUGCUGCUAAGCCACCCGGACGUUCUGAAGAAAGCGCAGGCGGAAAUCGACGCGUCCGUGGGGCACUCCCGCCUGCUCGGCGCCGACGACGUGCCGCGGCUCGGCUACCUCCAGUGCAUCGUCACCGAGACCCUCCGGCUGUACCCGGUGGUGCCGACGCUGGUGCCGCACGAGUCCACGGCGGACUGCACGGUCGGCGGCCACCACGUGCCGAGCGGGACGAUGCUGCUCGUCAACGUGUACGCCAUCCACAGGGACCCCGCGACCUGGGCGGACCCAGCCGCGUUCAGGCCGGAGCGGUUCGAGGACGGCGGCCGAGCCCAAGGGCUGUUCAUGAUGCCGUUCGGGAUGGGACGGCGCAAGUGCCCCGGAGAGGCCCUCGCGCUGCGGACGCUGGGGCUGGUCCUGGGCACGUUGAUCCAGUGCUUCGACUGGGAGACCGUCGGCGGCGCCGAGGUCGACAUGGCCGAAGGGGUCGGCAUCACGCUCCCGAGGGCUGUCCCUCUCGAGGCCAUCUGCAAGCCGCGCCAUGCUAUGCUUGAGGUCCUCAAGGGACUGUGAGCUUGAUUGUCGUUGAUACCGUGGGAUAAUAAUGUAGUAUUAAUGUGUGUGUGUGUGUGUGUGUAAUACUAACUAUAAGUAAGCUUUCUUCAGUAAAGCAGUUAAAUA